GAUGAACGUAGCACUGACAGAUAUCAAGGUAACGCUCCUGAACCCUAACCCUAAGCUGUGUGUCUGCAGAACAUCAGAACCAGAACUCUUCAGGGCGUUGGAUUGGGUUUGUCUUUCGGCAAAGUGCCCGGCGCCCUCUGUAAUAAAUACAUGCUCAUCGACGGGGACAAAGUGGCGUUUGGCUCCUACAGUUUCUCGUGGUGUACGUCUCGUAUCGACCGGAACAUGAUCACGGUGAUGACGGGGCAGGUGGUGGACUCCUUCGAUCAGGAUUUCCGAGAGCUUUACGCCGUCUCCGACAAGCUGGAUCUCUACAAGGAGUUCCACGUUACCAAACCGGCUAUCAACGCCACCCUACGCUCCAAAGUGGUUCCCAAACGCCCGCCUCUACCGGCGACAACCUCCCGAUUCCAGGUCAGUAUAGGGGACUCGCGCAAUGCUACAAUCAAGGUUCCUGCACACAAGUACUACAACCCCAAAUACGCACUGGCGUUCGGGGACAUCAAACGUCCAACAGGGUCUCUCCAAGAACCAGGACCCAAGAGACUGUUAGCUCUGCCGGAUGAUCUUGAUGAGAUGGGAGUUGGAAGACCACGAGUGACCAGCAGCGAGAGGAUGGACCGUCUGAGUCCCCUGCCCUCUGAGGAUCCUGGAGACAGCUUCAAGAGUACAAACGGACUCCAGCAGCAGGACAAGAAGGGGUGGGGCGGGUGGAAGUGGAAGUUCUUCAGGAGGAAAUUGUCCAAUAGGAAUAUUUUGGAUACCAAAAUUGGGGACCCUAUCAGCUCCGACCCCUCAGAGAGCAACAGGACGGACGAGAACGAGGACAUCGUGAAGUCUCCGUCCAACAGGAGGGUGACUAAACUGGGCCUGAGGACAAACUCCAGGCAGUCCGUCAACACCACACAGGACAACGAGAGUGUUAAGAGUCACGGUGGAAAGAAAGUUUGUAAAGUGUCCUGAGGAGAACCUGCUGCUGUCUGACCACAAAAUGAACCACAUCUUUUUGAAAAACGGAUUACAAAUGGACUUUUGUAACACUGACGUCACCUUAAACUGUGCAAUACAAGUGCUUUAUCCAGUGCCUUACAGAGAGACCACAUGAAUGUACGGUUCUUAGUGCACGGACACAUUUGGAGAUGGUGCCAAAUAUAUAAUAUUGACUCCAAAAUCAAUAUGCUAAAGCAGUGGUUCUCAACUGGUCAGGCCUCGGGACCCACUUUUUACUUGGUCAAUACAUCGUGACCCAACAUUUUGAAGCACUCAAAUCUAUUCAACAAAAAAUCGUGCUGUAAUCUAUACGCUUUUCAGCAUACGAUAUUAAUUAAAGUGAAGUACAGUGCUUAUAUCCCUUCACAGAACUAAAGUAUGCUUUAAAAAAGGUUUAAUUGAUGAUGGAAUCAAAGCUGAACUGUAUAACAUAAAAAGGCACACAUCCUGAAAACCCAACCCCAGAAGGGGGGUCUCGGGGAAUUGUCCCCCAGGAGAUUUAGAAAUACUAACAUAUAAACUACGCAUUCUGGUACACUCUGAGAAGAAAAUAAAUAAAUCUAUUACUACCCGACAUAUUAAUAAUAUUUUAUGCCAUUGUUUGUUUUUCACUUUGUUCUGACAUCUUGCUGCGAGAAGAGUAAAGAGGAGAAAGUCUGUGUGAAUUACUUUAAAUAGUGGGUAAGGGUAGAUAGCUCCCAUUGUUCUGUGACCUGUCAAUCAUCAAACCGGGGGUCAUAUUUCAUUAUGUGUUCAUUUCUGUCUGAAGUUGUACCCAUGGAUGUAGAAAGAAUAGUUCUACCGCAAAGUUAUUCUCCGUGGGGACUUCCGGCUAUAAUCUUGAUUCUGAUUGGCCAGAAGACUCGAAAAAACAUCAGCAAAGAUGUUUUAUUGAGAAGAUAAUCACUACGUGACUACUGGUCUCCGGUACUUCCAGUCCAACACCUACUGCAUGCAGCGUUAGAAAAUUGGGCCUUCAAAUAAAAGUUUGACUUUUUUCCCCCCAAA